AUGGCCCAUCAAUUCUCUGAGCUGAAUGGGCUGCCACGACUCACCACCGACCGAGCCCAGUCAACAUGGAACGCAUUUGAUUUCUCCGACUUUUCUGACUUCUCCAUCCCCGACACGUCAGAUACGAUCAUGCAGCAAAUGUCCGACGACCUGCUCUCGGAUGCGCUUCUCGGCCUGCCGGCCAGCUCACCAGGCGCAGCCGCCGCACAGUCCGAUGCAUGGGACUGGAACAGUGAUGCUCAAUACUACUUGGACAACAACGCAAGCCGCCCUGCAGAAGGUAGUCCUCCCGCCUCCUCUUCACCACAUCAAGAGCCAGCCGAAGGGCCCGAGGCUGGCGCCGCUGCAGUUGACGUCCCUGGUGAGACUAUCAACGUGGGCCGCGAGGUGCUGGAGUUCGUACGCAAAGCUGCUCGGUUCGAGGAGCAUGUCACAAACAGGCUGGACAAGAUUGAAGAAGCUCUCCGUCUUCAGGAGAACAGACUGGAGGACGACAAGGCGCGGAUGUGUCAGGAAGUGGACGCAAGCAUCGAGAAGCUGAAGGCGUGGAUGAGCGAGUUGCAGAAGGUUGUGCAAGAGGCUCAUGGGCAGGGUGAGCUGAGUUGA